AUGCGUAAUGUGGCAAAUUUCCGAUUUCUCUUGUGGCUGACGUUAACGGGAAGUCACUUUAUCAAUGAUUGCUCGACGAUGACGCUUUUCGAUACGCUGGUCAAACUUCUAACUGAUUCGCUGCUCAAUUGCACAAAUGCGACCGAAGUUCCGCAUGCCAGCGAAUAUCUAUCCAGUGGGUUUGCUAUGAACUCGGUAGUCUUAUUCAUAACUCCACCUCGUAGCUCUUCCUAUUCCUAG